AUGGCGGACAGUUACGUCUCUGACAAUGAGCCUACGACGCGUACGCUGCUGCGGCGCGUGCUGGAUACAGAGGACCCGCACACCCCGCGGCGACGGCAAAGUACUCGGGCUAGUGCCCAGAGAACCCCGCUUGAAACACCUUUCUCUAUGAGGCUGAGGAGCCAAACAAAGACAACUGCCAGCCGGCGUUCCCAUAGAGCCAGGUCUGUUGGCAGAUUGGCCCACAUUCAAACCAGUGGACAUCUGAAGGAACAGACACCCCGGACUCUGCUUGAGAAUAUUCUACUCACUGCACCGGAAUCUUCCAUGGUCAUGCCCGAGUCAGUAGUGAAGCCAGUGCCAGCACCACCGCUGGUCCAGUCCUCUAGCCGGGAAAGCAGUCCAGGCAGCCUGGAGCUACAUCUCCCUGAGUUCAAAACCCCCACAACGCUGGCUCCAAGUCUGCUGGCUACUGGCAAGAGGAAGCAGAGGUUGAGAUUGUCAGUGUUUCAGCAAGGAAUGGAUCAGGGGCCACCUCUCUCCCCAGGUCCUCUUACAAAACUUCAUGGGAAUGCUGGUGCCUCCUCCCUCACCAGCUCCCUCAACCUGACCUUUGCCACACCUCCCCUACCACAAUCCGUGCGGAGGCCUGGUUUGGCCCGCAGACCUCCUAGACGCCCAGCAGUAGAUGUGGGUACAUUUUUGCAGGACCUGCAAGAUACUUCUACCCUGCCAACGGACACCGUGCUGGAGGACACCCAGCCCUUCUCCCAGCCUCUGAUUGGCCCUUCCCCCAGUGUGCACCACUCCCUCCCCUGCCCCUCUUUCUCUGCUGAGAGGACUGUCAGUCACAGGGCGCGGAGCAGUGGGCCUGGGCUGCCGAACAACAGUACUGGCAAACCAGCCCCACUUCUGGUAGGAAAGGCAGAGGGGGUUGAUGCCCUUGCUAAGGGCUUCCCAAACACCAGCAAUAGUCUCUCUGGAGAAGAUGGACUACAGCCCUUACAGGAUGGAGUUGGUGAGGAGGUAGAGGAAGUAAUGGAAGAAAGCUUGAGCAUGAGCGAUGUGAAGGAGGCAGCAGGAGCACAGGGGUCUGCCAGAGCAGAAGAGCCGGAAAGGCACCAAGAAGUGAUAGAAGCAGAGAGAUCCUGGGGGGCCAUUGAGGCCAAGAAGCCAGAAGCAUCUCCAGGGGAUGAGGACACCCCUGGUAGGACAGGAAGUCCAGAAUUGACCUCCGCCACCCUGGAGAUUCAGCAGGCCAGGCAACUUGCGUUUCUUGAGCCAGCCCCACCAACUAGCACUACAGUCUUAUCUUCAGAGCCUUUGGAGCCUCUGUCAGCCAAGUGUCCUCCCAGGGCCCAAACUGCUGGCCCCAGACUCCGUCGAGAUCCUUACAAGACUGGACUGAACCACUAUGCUAAGCUCUUCAGCUUCUAUGCUAAAAUGCCCAUGGAGAAGAAGGCUCUUGAGAUGGUGGAGAAGUGCCUGGACAGGUAUUUUCAACAUCUUUGUGAUGACUUGGAAGUAUUUGCUGCUCAUGCUGGCCGCAAGACUGUGAAGCCAGAGGACCUGGAGCUGCUCAUGCGACGGCAGGGCCUAGUCACUGACCAAGUCUCCCUUCAUGUGCUUGUGGAGCAGCACCUGCCCCUGCAGUACCGGCAGCUCCUCAUCCCUUGUGCAUUCAGUGGCAACACUGUCUUCCCUGCCCAGUAG